ACCGCAACCAAAACCCAUUUUCUUCCCCAAACUGACUUCUUUCCCCAAUCCUCGAACCCUAAUUUUCCUCAACGAAAUUCCGUUUUUCUCCCUUCUCCCUAAAAAAAUUUGCCAUCCCACGCAAUUCCCUCAGUCAAAAAUCCAUGGUAAUGCCCGAAUUCUCCGAGGAGAAGUAGUUGUUUGCUUUCCCCUUUUUUUAUUCCUUUUUUUUUUUUUUCAAUCCUCAUGGAUCCACAAGACCAAGAUCCGUCUCAAAUUCCCAUUCCGAAGACCUUGAAUUCGUAUAGUAUGAUGAGUAAUUCGUCGGUGUGGCUCGAAAUCCGGUUGUUUUAUGUUCGCAUCGCGCCGUGCGUCAUCGGAAGUGUCCCGGAUCACCUAACGCUCUCCCACGUACAUCGGGAGAUCGGGGUCUCCCUCGAAAUUAAUGGGUCUCGGGUUCCUGCCUCCGAGGCUGCGUCACUCACGCUGCGCCGUGAUCGCCUCAAUAAAGAAGCUUCUGAGGUUACGUACCUGAGUACUGAUAGCGUGCGGGUCACCGGGGGCGUUGAGUUCGAGGUCUAUGAGAAUGAGAAGAUAGUUUUGCUAUGUGGGUCGUUGGAGAGGAUGGAGGGAGAGUGGAGUAUGGAUUGUUAUAUGGCGACGGCAGCCAUGGAAUCGGGAAAGUCGGCGUUUUUUCAGCCGAAGAUGGGGUUCUCUGCUCCGGGGAUUGAGGUGUACAUUGCCGGUUGUUGCGCAGGGGAGCCUUUGAUAUUGACCAAGACGAUUCAUGUGAGUCCGAGGAGGAAAGCUGGUUCGAGGCAUGGUGGGAUGUUGGAUUCAAUACCAGAGGAUGAGGAAAUUGGGAAGGAGAAUAAGGACGCUGGUGGUGGGAGUAACGGCUUGAUUCGACUCCGUAAAUUUCAGCCUACAGAAGGUGAUGCUGAUGAUUACGAGUCAGAUGGGAAGAUUGGGCAUGGUUACUACUCUGAAGAAAUGUAUGCCGGUGAGGAUGGCCAACUUUCAUGGUUCAAUGCGGGUGUUAGAGUUGGCGUAGGGAUUGGCCUUGGGAUGUGCCUAGGGGUUGGAAUUGGAGUUGGAUUGUUAAUGCGUUCAUAUCAAGCAACUACAAGGAAUUUUCGGAGAAGGUUUCUCUGAGCUGAAUCUUUGUCUUUUUGUUUUGAGUAUUUGUUUGCUCUGGUUGAAUAAGAACGUCUUUUGAGAUUUUGAUAGUAGUAUGGAAGAUUUUAGGAUAGCAGGUGAAAAAGUAUAUGAAGCAGAGAAUGACAUCUCAAAUGUCCAAAACACGGCUUUAGGUGGGAGUGGAUUGCAUGGAAGUUGUAUAGCAUUUUCUUUUUCAUGUGAAAAGCUCUUAGAACUGCUGCAGGUCUUGCAUCUCUUUCCUCUGAAUGUUAUUUUAACUUCCAAGUUGAAGGUGGAACUGGUGCAGCCAUCAAAGACAGAAAUGUACCAGCAGCAAUUGCCUUUCGAAGAUAUGAGACUUGCUAGCAGUUGGCGUAAGUUCCCCUUGAUGUGAGUUUUCUUCCAUAUGAAUGUACGUAACUUAGCAUGUCUUGCUUUAGAUAUUUCUGGGUCGUGCAGUAUCCAGGUGGUUUUGUUAGGAAACCUAAGUAUAGUUCUUUUAUCUUUUACAUAUCGGCAACCAACAGUUACUCUUCCAUUCAUCUUUAGCCGCAACUUGAAAGCUGCCUUCUCUGCUUGUUUGAAACUAAUAAAAUUGCUUGUUUUGU